GAACCAUAAAAUCGAAUUCCCUAUCGGUAUAACCUCGACAACGAACGAUUUCCACGGACCACAAAGAUCCGCCCGACGCGACUGCCGUCUGUCAAAACGCGUUAUGCUGCGGUGCGAAGUGUAAACCGUCAAAUCGAUAAACCCCCGUUGAAAAUCUACCGUCCGAGACGAUGUCGUGCGACACGCCCGCGGGCUGCCGCUGCCUCCCGAAAACCUACGAGAUCGUCAUGGUGCGACACGGCGAGUCCGAAUGGAACCAACUGAACCUUUUCUGCGGCUGGUUCAACGCGGACCUGAGCGACAGGGGCAGGCGGGAAGCGGCGAACGCGGGCGGAGCCCUAAAAGACGCCGGCCACCGGUUCGACGUAGCGUUCACGUCGGUACUGAUGAGGGCGAACAAAACCCUCGACGGGAUCCUCGAAGUGUUGGGGGAGCGGGACAUUCCGGUGGUGAAAACGUGGCGGCUCAACGAGAGACAUUACGGCGGCCUGACGGGGCUGAACAAAUCCGAAACGGUCGAGAAAUAUGGCGAGGAACAAGUGGCCAUAUGGAGGAGGAGCUACGACACCCCUCCGCCGCCGAUAACUCCGCAAAAUCCCUACUACGACGUGAUUUUGAACGACCCCAUCUACAAGGAGGGCCCCGCGAGGGACGAGUUUCCCAUGUACGAGUCGUUGAAGUUGACGAUCCAGAGGACCCUGCCGUUUUGGAACGAGCGGAUCGUGCCGGAAAUCAAAGCGGGCAAACGGGUCCUUAUCGCUGCCCACGGUAACAGCUUGCGCGGCAUCGUGAAACACCUAGACGAAAUGACGGAGAGCGAAAUCAUGAAAUUGAACCUGCCGACGGGGAUCCCGUUCAAGUACACCCUAGACAGAAACAUGAAACCGGUGCCGGGUGGGAGUCUCCAGUUCCUCGGGGACGAGGAGACCGUGAGGAAAGCCAUGCAGGAGGUGGCCGACCAAGCCAAAGCCAAGAAGUAAAUUCAAAAACUGCGAGACCCUCUUAUACGAAAAUAAAACCUACUG